AAAAUAUAUGUGUACAUGUUUAUGUGUGUGUGUGCGUGUAUGCCUAAGUCUGCAAGUCUGCACAUAUCAUAAGCACAUUCUGAGUACACACAUAGUGCUGGAAAUUAGUAGUAUAUAUAAACAUUAAUUCUGUUAUUAUGAUUAAUAUUUUUGUUAUCCUAGUAACAGUGCCCGGCGAUUAUCAGCAUUGAAUAUACUGAUAGUUUACAUUUUCCUCAUAGAGAAAUCUAUACUCAUUAAAUACCAAAAUUUACGUAUCUUUUAAUCAUCGAAAUUGUAUCCCAACAUGACAUCCACUGAGACUAAAUCCAUUUCACCAACGAAUUCUUUAAAUCUUGGACAAAAUUUUAAAUAUCAAGUAUUUAGUGAUAACACUGAAGGUAUUUCCAUUGUCAAUACACCUCAAACAACCAUGGAUAAAAAGCAUUAUCUAUGGGAACGUGUAAAUAAUAUGAAAACAUCAUUAGUUGAUUCAGUACAACGUAAAAUACCCGUACAUCAUAGUAAUCAACUAAAUGAUAUAUUUAAACGUUUUCAAUAUUUCUUUUCAAUUAUUGGACCAAUCUUAUUACUUAUUAUGUUCAUAUUAGUAUUAGUUUAUUGGAAACGUGAACAGAAUGAAUUAUGGAAAAGUCGAAAUCAAUGCUACACAAAAGAAUGUUUAAUAUCUUCCAGUUCAAUUGUUGCACAUAUGAAUAAAACCAUAUCACCAUGUGAAAAUUUUUUUAAAUUUGCAUGCGGUUCUUAUUAUUCUCCAUUUCAUCCAGAUCAAAAUGCUGAACAACCAGCUAUACAAGCUCAUCGUGUUGUUGCAAGCGCUUUUGGUAAAGAUACUAUACAAGAUUAUUUUAAAAGUGGUCGAAGUCGACGAAUGUUAAGAUUUGACAGACCUAUGAUUGAACAUUUAACUGAAAUUAAUGUACAUGCAAUUAUUAACUCAUUACGUAAUAUUUAUAGUAAUUCAUAUGGACAAUAUAAUUCGGCCAAAUAUAAGGUUGCCCAAUUUUAUGAUUCAUGUUCUUCUACUUCAUUAAGAAAUUGGCUUGGUGCACAUCCAUUAAUGAGAAAAGUGGCACCACUUCUAAAUGGUAUAUGGCUACUAGAUAGAAAUGCAUCAAAUGAAACCGGUGCUAAUAUAGUUAAUCAAACAUCAGCAUGGCCAAAACGUUUAUUUUCGGAUUCAUAUUUAACCCAACAAUUUUAUAUGGCAAAAAAUUGGUCAUGGAUGGAUUCAAUUAAACAUUUACAAGUUCAACUUAAUGUGCCGACAUUUGCUGAUUUUUACAUAUACACAAGUCCAAUUAAUAAACCACGAUUAUAUUUGUUCCCUGACUCAGGAGCUAUGGGACGUUUAUCUGAUUAUAAGAUUAAAACAUAUGUGAGUGGUGUGCUAGAAGUAUUAGCUAGAGACGCUGGUAUCCCAUAUGGAAAUGAAGAGUACAAAGAACGAAUAAGAAUAUUUACAAAUGAUCUAAAACUAGUAACCAGUGAGUUACAAAAGAUUUAUCGACGUACAACUCCGUCAAAAUGGUCACAAAAAUCUAAACUUGGUGAUUUAAAUAUCAAUGGAAAUGUUUACGAUUGGUCAGGCUUAUUAGAUGCUUAUUUUGAUGAGACUGAUGUGGUUUUUGAUUCGGACUAUCCAAUUUAUACCCGAUAUUUAGACUAUUUACAAAAAUUCCCAAUACUUAUUGGUACAUUGGAAAGAAAUUUCACAAAAUCUGUAGCUGAUCGAAUCAUGAAUAACUACAUGUUGUGGAAUGUUCUAGAUACGUACACAUGGCAUUUGUCAUAUGAAUAUUACAUGUUACAUUUAUCAUACAAUUAUCAAACUGAACAUAUCAUGGAUCUGGAGUGUUUUUUUGUAACACAUGAACUAUUUGAUACUGUAUUAGGAGCAAUUUAUGCUGAAAAACAUGUACAUAACGAAACAGAAAACGAGGUUAAACAAAUGACAACAUAUUUAAAAACUAGUUUAAAAAAUCAUUUAAAACAAAUACAAUGGAUGGAUGAACAGACUAGAAAAGAUGUGAAUGAAAGAAUUAACAAAAUGAAAAUUUUAUUCAAAGUUCCGGAAAUUAUGCGCGAUGAUAAGAAAUUAAAUUAUGCCUAUCGAACGCUGAGAACUUCAUAUAAUUACCUAAACAAUCUAUUCUCAGCUAUUCAAUAUAUUCGUGGAGUGUAUAAUCGUCUACUUUCUGGUGUUACGGAAACAAGUGAAGAAAAUUGGAGUUCACGAGAUGUUAUGGUGUAUGAUUCACAUGUAGCUUUAUAUUUACAGUUAGAUGAAGUAUUUAUUCCACCUGGAAUGCUUCAGUUACCAAUAUUUCAUCAUAACUUACCAGCCGCUUUUAAUUUUGGUGGUUUAGGAUCUUUGAUUGGUACCGCUAUUGGUAUAUUAGUUGGGGAAUAUGGAUCAGUUAUGCUGAAAGGAGGUGAAAUUCAGUCAGUUUGGACAUCUGAAACUAGUCGUAAGUAUCAAGAACAAAAGAAAUGCGUUCAAGAUCAGAUUUACAAUGCAUCAAGAAAUUAUUUUAAUUUCUCCGACUAUAUUAUGUCAUCAAUCAAUGAUGACAUCAAGAAAGUCACACAGGCAGUUAUUCAUGAAGCAUCUGGAUUAGACAUUGCUAGAUCUGCAUUCGAAGAUUGGAUCAAUGAUUCCCCGGGAGAAAAAUAUUUACGACAUUUACCUGGUGUUGCAUUUGAUUCCAAACAAUUAUUCUACUUGAUAUAUGCACAAACAUUUUGUCAUGAUAUGGAUUUAUGGGAUGAAUAUUAUCAAAUGAUUACAAGAACACCCCAACCACCUUAUGAAGUUUUGUAAGUAGUGUAUAUUUUAAAACAAUCAAAGUAUCAAUUUUAUGAAAGUUAGACGUAAGAAUGGGGAGAGGACUGUUGUAGUGUUCUCAUGUAAUCAUAAAUUGAAUUAUUAUCAGUUCAAAUAUCUUAACAACUGAUUGGUAGAUCUUUCUUGAAAACAGAAACGGUUCAUUUCUAAUAGUCAAUCAUAUAAUGAAUGAGCUACCCGAUUUCUCUGAUACCUUUAAUUGUCCAGUUGGAACACUGAUGAAUCCUAAAAAACGUUGUCGUGCAGCGCUCUAGUGGUAUUUAUCGAUGAAUCUAUUUUUCACAUAAAACAAUUCUUGUUCUGUUUUUUAAUUCAUACACACAAGGUUUUAUGUUAUAGUAUCCAUUCAAACUGAAAACGAUUUGUAUAUCUACACAUGAUCCAAAUGAAAUGGUAAUUCAAUCUGAUUACUUUAAACUCUAUUCACCAGAAAUUGUUUACAUAGACUUGUAUUGAUGAAAUUUCUCUCCUUGUAAUUUUAUAAACAUUCGUACUUUUCUUUUUAAUAUUAUCUUAUAAUUAACAAGAAGGGGGCUCCAUAAGAUGUUUAGAUACUUGAUUUACCGACAAUAUUUCACAGAUCAUAGCUUACCAAGCCCAAUUCUUUUGUUUAUUUUAUAAAGUGAAAAUAUAAUGCAUCAAGUUG